AGCUGCAACAGUAAACAGAGGAGCAGCAAAGGAGGUGCGAGUUAUUAAAGAGAGAGCAAGAACAGGAGAGCGCAGUGUUCACUGCUCCCCUGCAUAUAUAAAAGGGGACCUCUCAGCAGAGGGGGGACAUGACAAGUCCACUCACCUACCCUCUUCGCGGUCCCAGACAGACACAGGCAGAGCAUCCCCACGGCGUUCCCGUCCGGAGAAAGGGGCGACACCGUCAGCAGAAUUCCGUGCGUGCGUGCGGGGUUUUGGCACGCACCGCACCGCACCUCUUCCUUCCUCUACGUGCUGUCGGAAGUAUGUAUAUAAAUGCUGAUGCAGAAUAGGAAGAAGCCAUUCGAAGUAGAGACUCUCAGAUUGUUGUCUACAGAACACGACAAGGAAUGGCUGCAGAAGUCCUGGAUCCUGUUGGUGUCCAUUGACAUCCGUAGUAGUCUUGAUCGUCCCUGCGCGCAUGAUGACUGAUGUGAAGUGAAACCACUAGCGGCGAGCAGAGGAGUACUAAUAGUAGGAGGAGGAGGAAGAGGCAAAGCAAGACGAGAGGAAGAUGCUGGCCUGCAUUGCGUGCGCGAAGCAAGACCCCGACGAUGGCGGAGAGGGCGGCGGCGGAGGCGGCGCCAGUUCGAGUGGCAAAGAAGCCGUCAAGAGCCUCUCGUCUCAGAUAAAGGACAUGGUGUUGAAAAUUUCCGGUUCGGUUCGGCAGAGCAAAGGAAGUGGAAGCUCCUCCUCGUUCUCUUCCAAAUCGUUCAGGAGCAAGAGUUUCCGCAGCGAUCCUCGCCACCGCGGGGAUCCUCGUCACUGGCAGCAGCAGCGCCCUGGUGCCUAUACUUAUGAGGACGCUGCCCAUUAUGCUGCAGCGGCUAGCAGUUCGACAGCAACAUGGGAUUUGAUGGAGGAGAAGCAGCAGGAUGUUCACGAUCACGAUCAUGAUGAGCCCAAGGAGUGGGUGGCUCAGGUGGAACCUGGUGUGCACAUUACCUUUGUCUCGCUCCCUGGUGGUGCCGGCAACGAUCUCAAGCGGAUUCGAUUCAGCCGGGAGAUGUUUAAUAAAUGGCAAGCACAGAGAUGGUGGGGGGAGAACUACGACAGGAUCAUGGAGCUCUACAAUGUGCAGCGCUAUAACCGCCAGGCUCUCCAGACUCCAGCUAGAUCCGACGACGGCGGCGAGAGGGAAUCCAUGUGGUCGAGAGUGGGAUCAACAAAGGAGAGCCCCAUCACAACAGAGCGGAUACUCAUCAGAGACACUGACAAACCGGCCUCCGCCGCCUACGACAAAGGAGCUCAAACUCCCUCUCCCGUCCUUCCACAUCGCCUGCACUCACCUUCUUGCGCCAUGGGAGGGGCAGGAGCCUCCGGUGUGAAGGCAGAAGCCUCACGAACCACCACCUCAUCCAGAGACGAAGCAUCCGUUUCGGCCAGCAAUGCAAGCGACCUCGAGACAACAGAGUGGGUGGAGCAAGAUGAACCCGGUGUCUACAUCACCAUCCGGGAGCUUGCUGAUGGCACCAGGGAGCUCCGUCGAGUGCGGUUCAGCCGAGAGAAGUUCGGCGAGGUGCACGCCAAGCUGUGGUGGGAGGCCAACAGAGAGAGAAUUCAUGCACAGUACCUGUAGAGCUCCAUGCAUAACACAACAAAACUCCCGUAUACUCCAAACAACAUCGAUUUAGAAAUGAA